GAAAAAUUUUUCCCCUGCAGACAUCACCCACCUCUCACCUCCCCCUUCUCUCCUUAAUUUCCUCCACUUCUUUUGUAGACCACACUCAUCAUGUGCAAUUAACCAUAGUACUACUGUUGUUCUGUUUUUUCCUUGAUCUGUGUCCCUUCAAGUACAAGGCAUCUUCUCCCACAGAAAUAAAUUAAAUAUCCAUAUAUAUAUAUAUAAAGGAUGGGUGGAAGUAGUAGUAGUAGUCGUCGUCGUCGUAGUUCCUUGCAUUUCAAGGUCUUGUUUGGAGCACUUGCAUUGGCGGGGGUUAUUUUUCUUUUCUUGGUUAAUAUUCAGGCGAGUGGAAGAGGAAAGAUGGGCGCUCCAACUUCUACGAGUACUUCUCACUCCGUAGGAAAUUUCAAGCAUGCGGAUAUCUUGGGUAGAGACAAGCUCCUUGACCAUCCAGACUUAGAUUUCAACUACAUGAGCAAAAGAAGAGUUCCCAAUGGACCAGAUCCUAUACAUAACAGGAGAACUGGGAACUCUGGACGACCUCCUGGUCGAACCCAAGGAUCACCGGCUCAAAAAGCUCCAGGAAAUCUAAAUUGAAGAAAUUGACACAAGCUUGUAUGUAUUUCUUAGUGAAAGUAAUCAAGAAUCCACGCAUGCAUGCAACUCUUAUUUUACUUACUCUUGUUUGUUAUGGGGGAGGAGUAAAGAAAAGGAAGCUUGUCCCACACAAAAAUAUGCUCAAAGAAUCCAGAGGAAGAUUAUUCAGCCUAUAUUUCCUUUGCAAAAAAACCCCCCACUAAUUUCGUUUUACCUCCUCUUUAAUCAUGAGAGGGGAAAAAAAAAAUAGGGAAGAAAAGGAAGAUGAAGCAGAACCCAAGAGAGAUUUUAGCAGCCAUAUCAAUAUGCGUGCAUGGGAGCGUACUGGGUACAUGCAUGCACCAAUCUUUAUCUAUGGAAUAUUA